UCCACUUAAUUCUGGUCAUUAUCAUAAUCAUCGGCUUUAUUUCCCUCUACUAGAGUGAGUCAGGCCAGGACUACGCCACUGUUGACCGCAUAACUCAACUUGAAAGCAGGCUUUGUUCAUACGGCAGCUCACCAGUUGCCGGCCUUUCACAUCAUUUCCACGUGCUAUCGGAAAGCACACGGGGUCUCGUGCAUAUCUUAACCAGAGCUAGACUGCUGCUGUCAACACAUGAUACCCUAUUUAUUAACAGAGUCGAACUUCUUCGACCCUCUGAAUGGAAUUCCAGUUACAAGUUUCUGAGUGAACCCACACCUCGAAGUACCGCAGGUGUAUCGAAAUUAUUGUCUUCAGGCCCAGUUUUACCUGUGACAAAAAACUGUUUUAUCUUCAUAAAAUAUGACUGUUGAGAUUUAUACGAAUAACGUAAUGGCUCUGUUUCAAUCCUUAAUGAUAAUGGUUCGAGAUUAUUAUUCCAAACCAAUAUUCAGCACCCCAAGUAACAAACUCUUUUUUUACACAUCUUACUAAUAAUUGAAUAGAGAUUUACUGCGAGAAAACUACGAUAUAUAGCUUUCAGCGACUUUAAAUACAAAUUACUUAAGUCUAUUAUACACAAGCUUUACAAUCUAUCUGUCAGUCGUUGAUGAGGAAAGAAAAAUACUGACGAUUGAACACUCGGUUAUUGCAGGAAGGCUAUAACGAAAAUACAUUAAACCUAUAUACUCAGAGAGUAUUCCGAAAUUUCGGGUGCAUUACGGCAGUGAAACUAACACAAUAUAUUACUGGUUAUUGUGUAAGUACAACUUCCACUGUUUAAAAGAAGAAAGUGACUGUCAGUGAACAUUAAACAAUCGAACAGAAUCUUAUAUCGUGACAGUUUUGUUUCUGAGGUAUGAAUGGACCUACAAAGGCCGCGCACCCAAAUUUUCUUAAAACCGUCGCUAAAGAGCCUAGUCUCACGAACUGAUACAUCCUUCGUGAAGAACCAAGCUGAAAAAAUGUUACAUCCAGUAGAUUCAGAAGAGCGCCAGAAAGCUGCUUCAGGAAGUAGCGUGACCUUUGACCAGACGGGCAGCGCUUUCCGAGUAGUUACUCCGAAACGACUAAAAGAAGGUCCAAACAUUUUGUUGCCCGCUUUUGCAACUCCCCGACUGGGAGUACCAUAUCUGCCACCAGAAUGCCUUUCUUCGUACUAUCCGAGCUGGCGGUGCAGUCCGGGAAGUGGCUUCACGCUAAAAGCUACACCAAGAUUGGAAUCUGCCCUACCAUUCUUUCCCUUUUUGGCUCCGCAUCUCCAUUCUUACGCCAGUCAAGAUAUAUCAUCAAAUGGUAACAAGGGUGAUACGUCCAGAACUACGACCACAUUAGAAGAAUCUUCAAGUAAAGCCCGCUCCCUUCUUAUUGACUCAAUUUUUAGGCCUGAUUAUCGACCAUUAGGCUUAGCCUCUUGGCCAUCCGAGUUUCCAUCUAGCUCGUUUUUCUUGUCAGAAUCCCACCAAACACCUCUGUUUCGCGGACCUUCCACCUCAACGUCCCCUUUACUUGGUCUGGGAACUCAAGAUCCGGGUGGACUCACGUUGUCAGCCCACGAAAAAAUGUUUCGUCCUUUUCCAGGAGGAAUAUCCGCUUGUUUUGGAUUUCCUUUUUACAGUCUUGCAGCUCCCUGUUCCAGUAAGUCCGGGUUUUCUGUAGGUUCUGAGCCUGACACUGUGGUUAAGCCUAUGGCUGUUGGGGACGUCUUCUCUUGCGUUAAAUGUAACAAAAUGUUUAGUACUCCCCAUGGCCUGGAAGUGCAUGCCCGGCGGUCUCAUAGCGGAAAAAGGCCCUUUGCCUGUGAACUAUGUAAUAAAACUUUUGGCCAUGAAGUAAGCUUGAGUCAGCAUCGUGCUAUCCACACUGCAGAGAAGAGUUUCGAAUGCAAGCAGUGCGGCAAGUCGUUCAAGAGGUCGUCCACUCUGUCCACUCACUUGCUGAUUCACUCCGAUACCAGACCUUACCCUUGUCAGUACUGUGGCAAAAGGUUUCACCAGAAGUCGGACAUGAAGAAACAUACCUAUAUCCAUACAGGAGAAAAACCCCAUAAGUGCGGGAUAUGCGGUAAAGCUUUCAGUCAGUCGUCCAACUUGAUCACACACAGCAGAAAGCACACCGGCUACAAGCCUUUCUCCUGCGACGUUUGUGGACGCGCUUUUCAGAGGAAGGUUGAUCUCCGACGUCACAAAGAAACUCAACACGCCGAAGUUCAGCAGGUUCAACAACUUCUUCAGUAAUUACCAAAUGCAGAAUGAAGAGAUGGAUUAAGAAGAGACACAUGAGAUAUGUUGUUUGAACCAGUAAUGAUUAAAUGCAUCUUCUUUAAUGACUCAAUUUUUAAUAUUACACAGUCUGUUGAUUCUAGCGGACAGAGCUAAAACAAAAAAAAAAGAGAGAAUAAAUACUGCAAUGUUUACUGAGUUACACGACGUGAAGACGUAUGUAUAUGUAAUGUUUUAAGUCAAGUGAAGCUUUAUGAAUCUCAUUGUAAUUAUAAGAUUAAAACAAAAAGGAUGACGCAAUUUUAAUUGCUGCUAAGAAAAGUGAAUACUUCGAUGUUAAAUUAUCUUUAUUGCUAAUUCAGUGUAGUAUAUUUUAUCUGCUGUAAUAAUUCUUUUCAAUGUUAUUAGCGUGUUCCAAAAGCCUCCUUGUAUCUUACCUCUCUUUAUAUGCUUUUAGAAUGAACACCUUCAUUAGAAUCUCUCAUGAAGUAUCCGGUGAUCAACACUGUAUAAACGUGUUUCGUUGAUACGUGGUCACUAUGACGUGUUUAUAUACAUAAAAGCGAAAGGCAUUUUUGUUUCUCUGUUUUUAGUUAGACAGCUAAAGCAAAUAAUAAAACAAAGUAACGUUGGCAUCCAGGUUAUCGACUUAAAACUAUAUUUGAUAUACUUCAGCACCUUGUUUCGCCCAAUCAAAAUUUCUGUUUAAUAAUGCUUAAAUGACAAAGGUGCCUUUCGCGGAGAUUAUUUAUUGUGAUAAAUCUGAUGAUUGGUUUGAUUCUAGAGCUUUCUAGAAUUAUGGUAAAUAAGGGUAGUAACUUUUUUUUUCUCAUAGACAAAUUUUCUAAAAUAAUUUUGGCAUAUUACACCACUAGCUUCUGGAGCUAAUUUCUAUUACUUCGUACUAUAUCUUAAUCGUUUCGCUUGAUUGUUACGCAAUUAAAUAAGCAUUAGGCCCAAGACUGUAUCGAUAGAUUUUAUUUGAAGAGUAAUAGCGUGCUGAAUUUCAAAGAAUUGUUAUAUCACUUAUUUGACGUAUUGUAAGUAGAUACAGUUUGAAUUGAUUUAUAGGUGAUUUUGAUAUUGUUAAGGUUAAAAGUCCAAAUACUUUCUUAUUAAGGUUAGACGGUUAACCCUGCAAGUAACACAUGGAAAGUUGUGACAGAAUGAGUUGAAUUGAAUAUCACGUUUUGCAUUACUACAGUUAAAUAGGGAUCAGUCCAAUAAAAUAGAAUGUAAACACCACAGUUAUGAUUUUAAGCACAAAUUAAUACGAAACAUAUUUAUGUUUUGAAAUUAUUCAGUCUUAAGAUAUUAUCUUCUUAUAUUAACUCAAACAAAUCUAGUAAUUCGGUAAAUUAAUGACAUCUAAUACAUGGGAACACAUAAUAAGUUGAUGAAUUUUUAUUAACUUUUAGGUAAUACUCAACACACACAUAGACUGAUUUUUUGCACUAAAAAUUGACUUCCUUCUAUUUUAUUAAAUAAAAAAAAACAAUAUAAAAUAAUAUUUUUUUUAAUUUUUACUACACAGUGAUUGGACGAUGUCCUUGAUCAUUUUGUUAUGCUUAACAAUGUACACUAUCAGUAAUAAAUAAACAGACAUGCAUAAAUACAAAUAACUAUUAUCCCAUUACUCUUGGUUUAUCCCUGUUCGUAGCGUGAAAUAUUUAUAUUGGCUAGAGCGUUACUUAACUUCAGAAAAUUUACAAAAUACUUUAACAGGAAGAAAGUUUAAGAUUAUGUUCUAUCAUUAAACAAUAUUCUUUUUACCUUUAUAAAAUAACACCUUGUUAUAACUUAAAUUGCCUGUAACAAAAAAGCAAGGCUAACAAAACUAACAUACUGCCCUAACUGGCAUAGUUACAUAACAAUUAAGCCAAUGUGCACAUGUGUUUGUAUGACUAGUUAAAAAGUCCAUUACUGACAAUAGCUAGCAGAUUAACCUUUAGCUCAGGUGGUAAAGCAAUCGCUUGUUGUGAUGCCGCAAAAUUUGAAUUAUGUCACGAAAAGUUGCCGCUUAACUAGAGUGAUCGUACCACGACCCUAUGUGAAGGAUGUGGUUGUGUGAAUUAGCUAAUGUGUUAACCCUUUAGCUCGGUUAGCGGGGCCUCGCCUGAUCAGCUCUGGUUUCAAUCCACUCAUAGGUGAUCCAAAAAUUGAUUACUACAUUCUGUUUUUUCUUCCCAUGGAAUAUCUUGGAGUAUUAAUUCAGUUCUCUAUUUGUACAAUUUUCUUUGUUGAUACUGUACUAUAAGUAGUAAAAGUAAGAGGCUUAGAAAACUUGUUUUCCCGCUACUACAUGGAUUAAUCUUUGUGUAAUGUCCCGGUAGCUUUAAGUGAUAAUAUUUUUAAUACAUUAUGAUUUGUAAUAUAUAAUAGUGUUUGAUAUCUUUAUGGAAAAGGCAUUAAACAAUGUGUCUUGUCCACUUCAGGAAACAUGAAAUAAUUAUAUCAUUCUCAGAUAAUUUAGCUUUCAUGCACAGAGACGUAUUCUCCUACUAAGUUGAUUAUAAUCGAGCUUUUAUAUGUAAAAAGUAACCACCGAAGAAGCCAACAAAAAAACAACCAACCACACAGAGACUCGCCAGAGAUCCAAGAAGCUUAGAUUUACGAGUUUAUUUAAUCUAAUCGCUUAAGAUUUAAACUCGCAUUCAAUAUAAGUUCUGAAUCCAGGUUCCGUAACGAAAACCGAUAGUUUGGUAGCUACUUAUGAGUUAUUAACAAGGAACACGAAUUACUAAUAGAUUACUCAAUAGAUAUUUAUGAAUGUACUCCAUUUUUGUUAAGUUUUUACCUAUUGUUAAAUUGGUUAAUUAAGUUUUGGAUACAGUAGAAUAAAACAAAUAUUUUCUUUUUCUUCACAGCAGUUUUAAAAAUUUAUAUGUAACCAUUAUUUUUUCUUUCAAUUUUCAGAAUGUAUCUGUGAAUUAGAGCACUUCGAAGUUGCUGAUAAAAGUUGAAUCUGUUUAGGUGAUAGUUAUGAAUCUGUUUCAUACAGGUUGAGCCAAUAGCAAACAACGAUUUUUUACGAAUUCCAAGGAAACAUUUUUCCAGAAUAAUACCAAAACAGAUUAACAUUCUACAGGCAAAUUAAUUGUGACCUCAUUCGCAAAUCUAUUAUAAAAACAAACUAAAAUUGGUGGAUUUGUUUUUAGCGCGGAGCUACACAAUGGGUUAUCUGAGCUCUGUCCACUGAGGAGAAUCAAUUCUCGGAUUUUAACAUUAUAAGUCCGUAAACUUUUUGCUGAUACACACCGGUGAACAAAAUUGGUGGAAGAGUGUAAAUAUGAUAAUAAUGAAGCUUUUCAAACCGCUAAGGAGCAAAAUAAAACACUCGUUUCACUAAAUGCUAGAUUGUAACUUACGUUAAUGACUGAAUAGACAUUAUUGGUAUUUCUAUUAUUUCAUUUCGUACUCAGGAGUAACUUUCAAGUAGUUCAGAAGCUCAAAAUUAUAUUUUUUUUUCUUUCGUAAAAAACACAUUUUUUUAUGAAUAAAAAUAAUCAUAAUGCACGAUAUAAAAUGAAUACGAAGGAAACUAUCUAAUUUUGAAGCGCUUCGUAAAUAUGGAUUUGGGGUCUUAGGAAUGAAAUAAGUUUAGUAAUCUUCAGGUCCUCUAGUGUUGGGUACAAGUAGCAUAGUCUUGUAGACCUUGUGUACGCUCAGAUAUUUAGUCCUCUGCUUUCUUAAUUAUUGUCUAACUAACCUAGUUUCUCUAUAGGUAAUAGAGGAUAAUAAUAAAGGACUUAGUCUUGGUUUCUUAUAAUAAGGAACAAACAGUUUGUUCUUGGAUUAUAGCUACCCGAAUCAUCAUUAACGUAUUAUAUGUGAGAAGUUGAAAUCUUUUAGUUUGAAAGUCGUGGUUGUUUUUAUUCUAAAUAAUCCAGCUAAAGUAAAAUAGUGUUCACCGUCUUCCUUUGCUUGCUGCCCCCCCCCCAGUAGCACAGCGGUAUGUCUGCGGACUUACAACGCUAGAAUCCGGGUUUCGAUACCCGUGGUGGGCAGAGCACAGAUAGCCCAUUGUGUAGCUUUUUGCUUAAUUACAAAUAAACAAACCCUUUGCAGCUUAACUCUUCUGUUGUUUUCUCAUUAAUAAAAAUGAUCAUUUUUACUUGAUCCCGACUAACUGUGACGAAAAAUAACAAUGAAACAUUUUGAUUACCAUUUCUCCAAUUACUUGAGUAAAACAUUUGUUAACGGUUCCUGUCUAACAAACGUGAUCUUGAAAUUUCAUUCCACCCCACCUCUCCCCCAAAAACAUACCAUUAGCUACAGUCGCAAGUGAUUUAUCUUUUUAAUAAUACGCAAAGAUCAAGAUUGAACCGACUAGCUAGCUAAAGCUGAUAUGAAUAUUAUUAAUGAAACCGGUAGAAUAUGUACCUGUCGGUUUACUGUUUUAGUCCUUUGCUUAUUAGUGUUCUCAUUGAGCGAAUAGGAUUUCCAAACAUUAACAAAUGAGAUGGAUCCAACCAUUUACUUUAACAUAAGUAUUCUUCAUAGGAAUGGUUUUUCAGACAGACGUUCAUGCUGUGAGGAAGUGUAUAACGUUCUCCUACCCUAAAAAAAAAACAUUAAAUAUUCCUAAUAUUUGUCUUACGGAAAUUAAGCUACAAAUGGAUCAAUUAACCAAAUGUUGAGUGCAUUUCUUGAGCAAAUAAGGUACUCUGUUUCAAAUCAAUGCGGAACUCAGCUAAGAAUAAAUUAAUGCUGUUUUCGUGUAUUUUUGUUUCAACGCAGAUUCAAAUUUAUGUUAUCUUGAAUCGUUUUUAACCGAAGCUUUGUACACAUAAAAAACUAUUAAAUAUCUAAUAUUUCCUUUUUUUAUACAUUUAACAAUUAUAAAAUAUUGACUUGAUGACACACCACAAAUCUAUGUAAGAAUAGGAAGGUUGGUUAUAUUGUUGACUGAAAUCGUGUUUUUAGUCGUUACGAUUGCUUUGUCACGUUCCAAUCCUUCACAGUAAGAAACUACAUUGUUGUUUUUCAUAACUUGUAGGACAUACUGGAGAGAUUUAGACAUUUUGGCAAUAAAGUUGAAAAAAAAAACGACCUUCACUCUCCAGAUAACAAUAAAACUUUUUAAUUCAGCCAUCGUUUCGCCAUUGCAGCUUCUUGUACUACUAGCCCUGAUGAAGCCACAAUGCGAAACAUUGGCUGAAAUAAAAAUGUUUUUAUUACUAUCUGAAGAGUAAAUGUAGUUCUUUUUCCAGAUGUAUUGUCAAAGUAUAAAAAUAAAGUUAACAGUUUCUUAGUGGAAUCAGUUGUACAUUUGAAAUUAAACCAUAUUGUGUAUGUACUACAGAUCUGCCUGUGUAUAUGAUCUUCAAGCUCCUGUCAGAUUAGAAGACAAAGAUGAAUACUCGAGGAAAACUUUACAUUAAUAAUUUACCAUUGGAGUAAAUUACAUUAACCCAAAUAGGUUUCUGUAUUUAGUGAAACACAUUUGCUUGUCAUCAUAUAUACAAUAAAGAAAUGAAACAAACGAUUUACGUUUACGAUAGCGGGGAAUACAAUGUUAAUCUCUCGAAAGGCAUUGAUUAAUUUAACUGUUAACCUGAAUGAUCAUAUAACAAUUUCUUCUCUGGAACAUGCUUAGACCAUGUUAACUUUCUUAUAUUCAUGUGUUUUAUUCUCUUAUCAUAAGAUGACGUCAUGAUAUGGAGUCAUGCAGAUAAAAACCAUAAAAUAAUUGUUUAUAUCUUUCAACAACCUGUUCAUACAUUUUCAUGGAGAUCAAGUUCUUUGUUGUUGUUUUUUGCUGCUAUAAUUUUCAUUGCAGUUUGAAGUAACGUCAACACCUACAGAUCAUACAUUCUAUAAACACACAUCAGACAACAUUGUACUCUGUACAAUAUACAAAGCAAACGCCCUUAUGAAAUUAAACAUUGUACUUUCAUAACAAACAAAAUAUACACAGCUUUGGUAAAGUUCUAUUUUUAACACACAACAUAAAAACACAGUUUAGAUUGAUUCAACACUGUACUUCAUAACGCAACUUCUAGUGAAUCUGUUUAAAGGUCAACACACAACUCUGAUUAAAAAUAACGUGACGCUUUAUGUAACAUCCAACACGAAUAAAGUGAUCACAGUACUUUAUAGCAUGUAACACAAAGGUGAUUGAAUCAACAGUAAACUAUGUAACACAAAACACAUACAGCUUGUUUAAUGUCAACACUCUCAUUUCAACUUGCAUAACAUACAACAUGCUACGAAGUUCGUUACGUAUGAUGUAUAAGGUCAGCAUUAUAAUUGUUCAUCAUUUGACUUCUUAAGUAUAGAGUUUCCAAUGUUUUAAAAGCCGUGAUACAAACGGCUUGUCAGAAAGCGGAAUUAGCAUUAGUAUUUUAAUCUGUUGUUCAUGUUUUCCUUGUAUUCCGGUUCUAGCAGGUAUCACGAAAUGUUUGAGCUCCAAUAAAGUUAUUACUGUUGCUUUUA